GCCGUCUUUUUUUUUGGGAGCCAAAACGAAAGCCGACUGUUCCGGCGAUAUCAGGGCGAGUCCGACGCAGUCGCAGCCUUGGCAGUUGGCACCGCACGACGCUGUGUUUCCAUUUCCGGCUCACGCCCCCCCGAGGCCGUCCCCACCCAACUGCGUCCCUGACUCCGGCUAAAGCACCGCCGCUCGCCCCUCCCCGGUCGAAACCCUCGUUGCAUCCCCGCAGAAGCGCUGCACGCAAGCUCUCUCCCGGGGCAGCGCGGCGCGCCGGCAACGCUCGAUUCGGGGGCAUCCGGGGUGCGGCGAUCGGUGUGCUGCGAUGCUCGAUUUCUAGGUUCCUUUGAUUCCUUGUAUCAAUUUACUCGUUGAGCUUGGCAUUCUCCCUGCAACAUCUUGCGAACAAUUGGCCCAAAUUGUGAAAUAGCUCCUAUAGUUGAUGGCGUCAUAUUAUAAUCUUAAAGGCCUUCUGUUUUAUGCUUCUGUGUGUGGUCCUUGUGUUGCAAAUAAUGGUUUUAGUGCAUUCCAUGCCUUUGCCGUGGCAUCAAAUCCUCUUUGUUCUUCCAUGCGAUGGCAAACCAAAUUACAUGGUAGAAAUCAACAUUUUCGUGUCACACUUAAUAUAUAGAUAUUAUUUCCAGUUAUGUAUUGUUAACUAUGUAGUCAAUGAGCACAAUGGGCAUAUGUAAAAAAUGUUAAACUUCUUUGUAUAGCUUCGUCUGCAUUGUUUUCCAUUUCAAUUUCCAUAGAUUAUAUUUUUUGCAUCUUAGAUUCUUUUCAUGAACCUUUGUUUUAAUCCCCAAUUGAUUCCAUUAGGCUGUGGUGAAAAUUUAUUACUAAAGAUUCUAGUAGUAUUGCAGAUGUUGAGUAAGUUGUCAUAAUUAUGUUUUGGUCGUUAAAGUACCAAAAAAGUAGUUAUAAUAUGAUUAUUGUCUACAACUAUGAUAAUAUCUGCUUUGCAACCCCCACUGCCACCUCACGGCUCCACCCGAUCUUGUUUUGUCCUUGUUAGAAGGACUUAGAAGGACAUGUAGACAUUAGUUUUUGUUUAUUUGUGUCACCGAAGCUACUUUCCCUGGACAGUAAAUUGUGAAAGAGCCCGCCAUAAUUGGGUUCUGUACUCUGGAGUAGUGGAUCCAGAAAAUGACGACCUGCACACGAAAUCAUUAGGAGUUUAUUCAUUCAUAGCAUUCUAAAAUAACUAUGUUUGCAUUUCCUGGAACGUGGAGCUCCGAAUUGAUUGAAGAAGUUGUUUUGUACUUUGCUUGUUUAGCAUAGACACUAAUAAUAGUUUUCUCAUGAGCUUCAGUAUAGAAAUUGAGGACCUUUUAUUGUCUUCCUCAGGUAUCUCACUCAAAUAUAGAAGUUAUAUAAUUAUGUUUGUAUUAUGUUAUUUCUGACAUUUUCAUGUUAAAUAAUAUUGCUAGCAUCUUUUCGUGAUUAAUGAUAAGAAAUGCGAUUUUUUAAUAAAAUGUCACCCUAUCAAUGAACUGAUUUGAUGUACUAUAUAAUGCCAUUUUUGUAAGGCAAGUCUUGUUCAUGGCAACGGCAUAAAAUCUCCGAUUCUGCCACUCUGAUAUUUUUAUCUGAGAUAUAUGGAUCAUGAGGAAGCCUGCAAGGAAUCACAUGCACGUGAAAAACUUGAUAUAGGCAAGAGAAGAGAAGAAGACAAAUCAUCUUAUGACCCUGUACUAGAGGAAGGUGAGUUCAGGAAGGAUGAACCGUUUGGAUUAGAAAGCCUUGUCCACAAGGAUAUGGUUGCAAGUGCGAUAAAGUUGAGUUCACUUGCUAAGAUGGCAGUUAAAAAGGGACAGGUCAAUACAAGGCAAUCAACUUCGCCUGAAAGAGGCUCCCAUCAAGUAGGCACUGCAAAUACUACUGUUGAACAGUCUAAAUAUAGUCCAUUGGAGGGUCAAUCUGUUAAUGUGAGGCAAACAACUUUUCAUCGAAAAUGUUCUGAGAAACACCGUCAAUGUUAUUCCCCAUCUUUCCAUGUUAGUUCAAAAGAAAGGCAUGAGCAAAGGAAGCGUACCUGUUUUGGAUACCAUGAGUAUCACCAUGCUCUGGAAAAGAUUGAGAAAGUGUGUUCAGAAAGGCUCGGUAAACUAUUGUUGCAGCAGAAUGGAGAUCGCAAGGAAUUCAAUAUUCUGAGAAAGAAACAGGAGUCAGAAUUCUUCCAAGAACAUGUGCACUCUUAUAAAGUCCAUUACGAGCGUGUAAUACCAACAGUAAGAUAUCACAGGAUGAAGCUACCAAAGUUACUUUUCUGCAUUUUGUGUGAGAUAUUUCAUAAACAUAUCCAAUCUCAGCUCAGAAAUUUUGUAAAAUGGCAAAUAAAUGAUAGAAACAAGGAGAAGAGAAAAAAAGAACGGUGGAUAUUUGAGGCAAAAGCUGGCUACCUUAAGAAAUAUUUUGAUGAGACUUCCUUGACAUAUUCUGGAUUUGAGAUGGAGAAAUCAAAGUGGCGGGUACAUGAUUAUUCUGGAGGUGAAGAACAGCUCAAAUAUUUGGGCAUGCAAUCUCUGAUUACUGAAAUUGAAGCAAUUGCUUCUAGUUCUGAGCUUGAAGGGACCCAUACAAGUAAGGAAAGUGGUGUUUUUGAGCCUGUUCUAGAAAACUUACAAUCUCCGCUUGAAACAAAUGGAGGUACAAAGCAUGGGUUAUCGGUUGACGCAGCAGAAGAAAUUGCCAUCGUAAAUAGCAUGUCUUCUCAGUUGAACUAUACACCUGCAAUGGAGUUCAGUGAAAAAGUUGGGACACAAGUUGAGAUCUCAUCGCCACCUCAAAAUGAGGGGGAAAACGUGGAGAAAUCCUGUUCUUCUGAAGAAGUCACUGGUGAAGCAUUGGAUUUUGCUAAGGCAGUGACUGCUGAUUCAGAAAACACUCCGCCUGUUUCUAGAGAGAAGCGAAGCCGCACGAGUUCUGGUGAUGAUGCACCAGAAGGUUCUUGUUCUAGGUCCCAAAGAAAGUUUCCACAUGAGUUUGCCUCAAAUUUUCACAAAACAGCAUUGGAUCACGAGGAACCUCGAGCUGCAAGGCCACCUUCUGUUAAUGUUGAUCAAACGGAACAAGCUGAUGAUGCAGGUAGGAAGGAAGUACCUAGUGAUCAAACCUCUUCCUGUGCCCAAAUCACUGAGCAGCGAAACAUUAAUGUGAAUUCAUCAAUGUUAACCCAAAGUUUAACACAACAGCAACAAUGUGAUCCGACUAGUCAAAAUGCUGCUCAUCAAUAUCAACCAUCCAGCAGGAAUACUUGUUCAGUAAGAACUGGGUUAGACAGCCCUGGGGCAUCAAAUGUUCAGCAGCAGUCAGCCAACCAGAUGACAACCAACUCCAUGGUUGAGCAAUAUUUGCCUGAAAGUGGGCUUCAAUCAGAGCCAAUUACCACUGAGUUGAGUCAACUGCUUAGGUUGUGUAGUGAUAACACCUCUACCUUUGCCCAAGUCACUGAGCAGCGAAACGGCAAUGCUCAUUUAUCCCCAUUAACCCAACGUGUAACACAGCAGCAAUAUCAACCAUCUGGAGGGAAUACUUGUUCAGUAAGAGCUUGGUUAGACGGCCCUGGGGCAUCAACUGUUCAACGGCAGUCAGCCAACCAAACAACAGGCUCCACUUUGGAACAAAAUAAGCUUGAAAGUGGGCUUCAAUCAGAUCCAUUAACCAUUGAGUUGAGUCAACUGCUUGUGCUGCGUGAUCUGAUGUCCAAGAGGCAUCUAUUUAAGCGGCAAAAAAUUAUCUUGGAGCGUGAAAUGGCGAUGGCUGAGUGCAAAAGGAAGUUUGAUGAGCAGUUCCAUAAUUUAGAGAUGGAAACACUGCAGGAAAAGAAGGAUAUUCAGAUACUCCAGGAUAAAUUAUGCAAGCAACAGAUGUUGGCUGAGACAUUCCAGGUUAUACAUAAGGCCUCUGCUGGGGUUGUUUCAUGCUGUCAGAGAGGUACACCCAGGAUAACGACGGGAGAGCCUAAUCAAUCAUCAGACCAGUAAGUUUCGCGGUUUCUUGCAUCAGCAACCAUAUACCAGCCAUCGCAACCUGCUGUGCAAAAUCAUCCACAAACAACUUUAGACUGCCUAUAGUGACAACACAACAGGCUACAGUGAACACUUUGGGUGGGCAGAUCUGCACCUACCUUAACGCAUGCUCCAAGUGGUGUCAUGGGUGCUGGAGUUACAUACCAUGCACCGGCACCUCACCUCCGAGCCUUUGUAAAGCGUCUCAUCGUGGGAUUGCCAGCUUGGAGAAGUAGCUGCAACUUGAUAAUCUCUUCGAAGCAUCCAUGCAACCUGUAAAGCCUUACCAUGAACUUCAGUUCUAUGUGUUUAGAAGUCGAGUGUCCUUUUGUAUCUUGCUCAGAGAGGAGUCGAUUUGACGCAGGGAGGAACUCUUUCUCCUGUAUGCCUGUCUUCUUGUUGGAUCAGCUUGACAUUUCUGCUCAGGUAAACUUGAAUCUGCCCUCUGGAUUACAGUGUGUACCUGGGAGUUCAGUUUUUAUUUAUCGAGUAGCAGACUAUAGUUCUGAGCAUUGCUUAGUGAGAACUGACGUUUGUUCAGUCAGUCUGGUUCACACUAGUUACUGGCUGAUUAGCUUGCGUCUGUUCUGGUUAUCUGAAUUCUGAAAGCAAGAUCUUGCAGGA